GUAAAGAAUAUGGUUUAGUGGAUAGUGGUGUUUUUAAUAAUAAUGAUAUUCACGGUUCUUGGAAGUUUAAUAGAAUGGUUUUUAGUACCGCAUUAAUGCGUCCAAAGUUAGAUAGGGAUGCAUUACAAUGGACCAUAGAGUUGAUCGAAGAAUUGGAAUCAUAUUGGAGUAGAGUUGGUAUUAUAAUUGAUGAGAAUGAUAUUAACAAACCAUCAAUUGAAAAUAAUGAUCUUCCAAAAUGGAUGCGUAGAUUCACAUAUGAUAUGAUUUAUAGGAUAGCAAUCGGGAUUAAAGGAAAUGCGCUCAACUCAUAUACUAAUAACCUAUGUAAUGUUGAUAAUCAAGAAACUGAAUCAACUAGUAUCAUUAAUAGCAUUCAAACUUAUAUUGAUGGAAUUCCAUAUUUUCGUCUAUUUCCGAAAUAUGCUCGUUAUUAUGUUCCAUAUAUAAAAGGAAUUAUUCGAAGAUAUUUAGAUAAUAAAGAAUAUUUAUUUGGAAAAUUAAAAGUAAUAAUUGAAAGACGUCGAC